AUGCUCGAAGCAAUGGCUCGUCCAUCUCCUAAAAUACCUGUUUGGCGUUUUGAUACAAAUAGACUUCGUUGGUCAUCUGAACUUCCAACUCCAUAUUCAUAUUCAAAACCAAAAGUACUCAAAUCACUUCGAGUUGUUUCAUACAAUAUUUGGUUUGAUCUACAAUAUCAAAAAACACGCUUUGAACAUCUAUGUCUUAUAUUAAAUCAUUUAAAACCACAUAUUAUAUGUUUACAAGAAAUGACAAUUCCAGUAUUACAAGUAUUAAUUACUCAACCAUGGGUACAAGAUCAAUAUGUAUUAAGUGAUGUUGAUGGAAGAACAUUUGCUAAAACUGGAAAACGUUAUGGUGUAAUAAUGUUACUAGAUAAAUCUUUAAUUGUACGACAAUUAUCAAUAUUUCCAUUUGUAACUAAACAAGGAAGACAAUUAUUAUUUGCUCAAAUAUUAAUUCGGUCAGAAUUAUUUUUAGUUGGAACUGUACAUUUAGAAUCGAUGCCUGAUAAAGAAACUUUUCGAUCACGUCAAUUACAAGUUUGUCAAACUAUAUUUAAUAGAUUUGCAGUAACUCAUCCAAAUGUCACAUGUUUAUUAAUGGGUGAUUUUAAUUUUGCUCCUGAAUGGUUUGAAAAUGCAAAGCAAAUGAAUAUUCUUCGAAAUUGGGCUGAUUUAUGGCCAGCAAUACAUGGUACUGAUGAUCCUGGAGUAACACAUAAAAAUUAUAGAUUUGAUCGAAUUUUAUUUCAAAGUUCACGUGUAAUACCAAAGAAAAUGAAAAUAAUUGGUGAUAAACCUAUUGCUCAAUUUUCAAAAGAAAAAGUAUCUCCUAUUAAAAUACUUAGCAAUUUAUUUUUUCAUAGUACAAAUCCAAAUACAGUAAAUGUAUAUCCAUCAGAUCAUUUUGGUUUAAUGGCUGAUUUCAAUAUUAAACAUAUUUAA